AUGGACGAGCUUGAUUCGAGUGCCACCGACAAUGACGAGGUGAGGCUGCUGGCCGGGGACUGGGGACUGCUAGACGGUGACUCGAGUAGUGGCGGUGUGCAUGGCGAGGCCGACGUGGCGAGGAAGCCGCCGCCGCCUCUGGACUCGCCGCCGCCUGCUGCCCAACCAUCGCCUGAUGCCCGGCCGCCACCACCUCCGGACUCACCGCCGCCUGAUGCCCAAUCAUCGCCUGAUGCCCGGCCGCCACCACCUCCGGACUCGCCGCCACCUGCUGUCCAACCAUCGCCGCCUCCGGACUCACCGCCGCCUAAUGCCCGGCCGCCACCUCCUCCGGACUCGCCGCCGCCUGAUGCCCAAUCAUCGCCUGAUGCCCGGCCGCCACCUCCUCCGGACUCGCCGCCACCUGCUGUCCAACCAUCGCCGCCUCCGAACUCACCGCCGCCUAAUGCCCGGCCGCCACCUCCUCCGGACUCGCCGCCGCCUGAUGCCCAAUCAUCGCCUGAUGCCCGGCCGCCACCUCCUCCGGACUCACCGCCGCCUGCUGUCCAACCAUCGCCGCCUCCGGACUCACCGCCGCCUGAUGCCCGGCCGCCACCUCCUCCGGACUCGCCGCCGCCUGUUGCCCAAUCAUCGUCGCCUCCGGACUCGCCGCCGCCUGAUGCCCAAUCAUCGCCUGAUGCCCGGCCGCCACCUCCUCCGGACUCGCCGCCACCUGCUGUCCAACCAUCGCCGCCUCCGAACUCGCCGCCGUCUGAUGCCCGGCCGCCACCUCCUCCGGACUCGCCGCCACCUGCUGUCCAACCAUCGCCGCCUCCGGACUCACCGCCGCCUAAUGCCCGGCCGCCACCUCCUCCGGACUCGCCGCCGCCUGAUGCCCAAUCAUCGCCUGAUGCCCGGCCGCCACCUCCUCCGGACUCGCCGCCACCUGCUGUCCAACCAUCGCCGCCUCCGAACUCGCCGCCGUCUGAUGCCCGGCCGCCACCACCUUCGGACUCGCCGCCGCCUGCUGCCCAACCAUCGCCUGAUGCCCGGUCGCCACCUCCUCCGGACUCACCGCCGCCUGCUGUCCAACCAUCGCCGCCUCCGGACUCACCGCCGCCUGAUGCCCGGCCGCCACCUCCUCCGGACUCGCCGCCGCCUGUUGCCCAAUCAUCGUCGCCUCCGGACUCGCCGCCGCCUGAUGCCCAAUCAUCGCCUGAUGCCCGGCCGCCACCUCCUCCGGACUCGCCGCCACCUGCUGUCACCCAAGAACUCGCUGACGCCACCAUUGACGCUGUCACUACCGAAUUGUCCCACAACAUCACCCGCGAUGUGCUGCUCGUCGCUGACGCCUCUUCAGUCGUCGAAGAUCUUGUCACCGACGCUGCCGCCGCUGUGGCUGCCGCCGUCCAUUCUUCGGCCGUCAACGAGGCCAACGCGGCCGCUGAGAUUGUGGACAAUGUGAUUACAGAUGGAGUCGCUGUAUUGCUCUCCAUGCUUGCUGCAGAAGCUGUAUCUGAACACGCUGCCGCUCUGGACGCCGCUCUGGACACCGUUAUUGCUGACCUUGCUGCAGACGUCAUCGAUCAUGAUAGUUCACUCGUCGCCGCCGCUGCCCUUGACCACGCUCGCGAUGUCGACGCCGCCAGCCAUGGACUCGCUGAUGAGAUCUUUGAUGCUGCGGUGACGACUGCACUUCUUGCCAGCGCUGAGCACGCGCUGGACGUUGAUCUUGCCGGGCGCGAGGUUGUUGACGAGCUCGUCGAUGGCGUCUGUGCCAUUGUCGCUGACGCCGCCCUGCACCACGAGCGCCUUAUCGAGGCCGCAUUCGCCGAGCUCGUGGAGCAGCUUACUGAUGAUCUCGGCCUUGAGGCGGGAAUGGAGGCCUGGGAUGAGCUAGUCUUUGAAGACGCCGUUGACUGCUGUGUAUCGGAGCUCACGGAUGACUUUUCGGCCUUCCUCGCCUUUGACACCUACAUCAUGCAGGAGGCCAUUGAGGCCGGGACCCAGGAGUGCUAUGCCGAGUAUGUGGGCGAGGUCACUGCCUUCUGUGCAGCUGACAUUCUGCUUUACGAGCGCGCUCUUCAUGCCGCGCUGGUUGAAGAGCUGCAGCUGUGGACCGACGAUCUUGCGCUCGAGGUGGCGUCGGACGUUGUCACCGACGCACUCAUUGUGGCCAUGCCGCUGAUGGAGCCACAGCUUCCGCGGACCACGCACUAUACCCCAGCUAUCCAGGCUCAGCUGGCGGCAUUUGCCGAGUGGACCGGCGCCGUCCGCGCCCUUCUCCCCAAGAUCGAUGCUGGUCUCGACGCCGAGCUCGCGGUUGCUGCCGCCUGGCCACCACCGCCAGAGCUACACCUCGCGCACGAUGGCAUUGCCCUCGUUGGUCCUGCGCCCGACGAGCCUGGCGACCUCGCGCUGGUUGUGCUCACCGAGCCCGAGCCCGCCACGCUCGCCGCCGCCGCGCCUCUUGCGCUCGCCUGCAUCCCGCGACUUGCCCGCUCAGGCGUUGUCCCUCCACGCUGCUCCAUCGUUGCGCACGUUUCUAUCUCUGCUGCAUCUGCUGCGCUUCACUACGCGCUGCAGCCGUCGGUCCGCGCCGCCUGCGCCGCCCUCUCCGACGCACUCGAGCACGAGCCGUACGAUGUUGCUCGCGCUGCCGACGCCCUCGAACUGCCACAGCUCUACGUUUUGGCUAUGGCCUUUACGUACAACACCCUUGACUCACUGGCGUCGAUGCUCGACGAGCUCGGUACCUCGUUUAUGAUGCGCCUCUCGCCGCGAGCAUGGCGCAAAGUCGACCGCGCGCUUGCGGGCAAGCCUCGGGACACGCCUUCGCUGCCGGCGCAAAAGACAGUCAUGGACCUGCUCUGGUUCCUUCGCACGACUGCGUUGGUGCCAAUCCGCCUCAACUACCAGUCUGCAGCCUCGCGCUGGCGCAUCGAGUACGCACGCGCGGCCGUGGCAGCGCCUGGUGCAUCGGCUCCGCUGUAACACCUCGGCGUCAGAGCUCGUCGCCGGGCGCAAAGGAGUUGUGUCCGUCCGACGAGCACGACGAGCACGAGCCGGCUCCCCGCCGCCCACCAGGCUCCAGCACCGCCAGUGCGUCGGGCGUAAACAGAUCGUCGCCGA